GUCCCCUUCUCGUUCCAGUGCGGCCUUCUUGAAUGCGCUGGAUUCUUCGAUAAAUUUCGCUAAUAGGCGGAAAGAGUUGCAGACGCUCGACCGAUUACUAUUACCGUUUUGGGACACAUCGACCACCUAAUAGCUCCCGAUUUUUUUUGGGUUGUGAUUCACUUGUGAAUGUUAUGAAGGAUCGACAUAUGCCAAAAAUGCCCAAGGUUACAAGCAGCAAACCCACUGAAAGGUCAGUCAAAAGGGCGCGGAUUGUGAGUUCGCCACAAGACAAGAAGGGGCUCAAACCGGCUCCCCAAAACGAUCUCAAUCUCGUUUCCUCCAGCAAAGGCAAGGAAAAGGCCUCCACGAAACCCGCCUCAGAGGACACCACCCUCCCCACCUCCUUCAAGAUCAUCGCUGGUUCCUACGAAAAACUGCUGUACGGCCUUGACGGAUCUGUCUCGCCCGAUGAGGCCGACAAUGGCUACAAAUUCGAGCUGCAACCCAUCUUCAUAUUCCCCGCACAUGUAUCGUGUAUCAAGGCUGUUACUGCAUCUCCGAAUGGCGGGAAAUGGCUUGCUACUGGGAGCGCGGAUGAGGUCAUAAAGGUCUGGGAUCUGCGGAGGAAAAAAGAGAUUGGCGGGCUGAUGCAUCACGAAGGGUCCAUAACCCAGCUUCAAUUCCCAUCCCGCUCGCAUCUCCUCUCUGCGUCUGAAGACGGUUCAUUGUGCCUGUUCCGUGCUCGUGACUGGGUCGUGCUUCGCACCCUCAAAGGUCACAAAGGACGCGUCAAUUCUACGGCGGUUCACCCGUCGAAUAAGGUCGCACUAAGCGUGGGCAAAGACAAUACGCUGCGCAUGUGGGAUCUCAUGCGGGGAAAGGGAUCUGCUAGCACGAAGCUGGGGAAAGAGGGAGAAGUCGUGCGGUGGUCCACGACAGGCUCGUCGUUUGUCGUGCAAUCUCACAAUACGAUCGACGUAUUCACGAUCGACAUGGUUCUUCGCCAUACCAUCACGCAUCCAUCCCGAAUACAUACACUUCGGUUUAGCAAACGAGUAAAUGGCGCUGGUGAAUUAUUACUUGUCGGCGCAGAAGAUAAAAAAUUGUCGAUCUACGACAUUCCAGACGACCCAGACAAAAUGCCCACCAUCAUUGCCGAAAUGACCGGGCACUCCAAUCGUGUAAAAGCAGUCGAAAUUCUUCCUCUCGCACUGCCCCCAUCGACGAAGACAAACGCGCGCCUCUCAACUAUCAUCGUGUGCACCGUCUCAUCUGAUGGUAAAAUCCAUGUAUACGACCUAGCCUCACUGCCCGGCGACCUAAAAUCUGGAAGUGAAACGCUUCAGAUAUCACCUGUAGCUGAAUACGAUACAAAAGGUACGCGGCUGACGUGCGUGACGAUCGCGGAUGGCGGAGUUCUCAAGGAUACUACGAGUGUGAAUGGGAAGCGGAAGCGGGAAGACGAAGACAGCGAACAGGACGAUAGGGAUGAAGAAUUGGGAGCUCAUGAACCAGAAGCAGAGCACGAAGAUACUGAGUGAGUGAGGUCAGGGUUUGACACGUUCAUUGUUUACCGUAACCUUCGUUGCUAUAAACCCCUCUAUUUCGGCUUGUUUCGCAUGUGUGUUGUUCAGUUCUUACUGAUGUUGAUCAGCUAUCUAACUAUUCGAGAAACUGACAAGGACUACGACGUGAUGCCCGUAUAAGCUAUUAUCAGUCCUAUACACGCAAACACUUGUGACCAGUCGCCUUACACAACGAUGGCGGGAGAUGGGUGGAAUAUCACAGCUGGUGUAAGGCGACUGGUAUGUUUCCAC